CUGAACUUUGAGGUUUCUUUCUGAUUAGUGAGCGACGUUGUUAGCCCUUCUUCUCUCUAAUUUAGGGUUUUUUCAGGUCGAAAUUUGAGCGAAAAUGAGUAAUGAUUGGGACCUCUCUGCCAUUGUCAGAAGCUGCUCCUCCAGUGCUGGUCAUAAGGUCAUAGCCAGAAACACACUGGAAGAGAGCUUCUUACACCCGGAUGAGUUUGCCAUUGAUUUAUCUCCUCCUCCUUCUCCUGUUCUAAUUGAUCCCAAAAAUGAAUUGGACGACCCUUUUGACGAAUUAUCUCAUGUUUAUAAACCCUUCUACCGGAGGGUUCAGCCUACCACCGCCGCAGCUGCCGCCAUCGUCGCCACCCCGGUGGCUGCUGAUUCUACAAUUAGAGGAUCGGAAAAGAAACGCAGACGAAAGGAAGUGCAACAACGAACAAACGCUGCCACUCCUAUUGUCGAUGCACCUGCUAUUCCAAUUAAUGCUGCAGUUCAACCAGAAGCGCCGCAGCAGCAACAACAGAAUGAGAAUGAUGGGGUUGGAUCUCAAGCGCCUCGGGGAAGACGGAGAAAGCAGCCGAGGCUGGUGAUGAAGAUGAAUGCGGAGUCGCUGUCUACAGACUCAUGGAGUUGGAGAAAAUAUGGACAGAAGCCGAUACAGGGCUCCAUAACUCCAAGAAGCUACUAUCGCUGCAGCAGCUUCAAAGGUUGUGCAGCUAGAAAGCAAGUGGACCUAAGCGAAGAGGAGCCGGACGUGUACAUCGUCACCUACAUCGGCGAUCACACCCACCGCCGCCCCGGAGGCUGGAGAUCCGACGUCGGAACAACCGAAAAAGUCUCCGCCUCCCCCACCUCCGACAAUACCCCGAAACCAGACACUGAAGACAAUAAUGAAGACACCGAACCAUGGUGUGAAGCCCAAGAAGACGAUGAUGAUAUUGUCAUGGCCAUGCAUGCACUCGACUCAACGGGAUCGGCCUCUACCAGCAGCCAACCUCAGUCUCCACCCAAAAAUUCCGUCAGCACCGCCGGAGAAUCUGUUUAGAUCGCCCUCAAACGUCAGGACGAAUCAAUAGAUUUUUCCCGAUCUUUUCCUUUUUGCUCUUUUCGUAGGAUAAAUAUGAAGGAAAAGAAAAAAAAAAAAGGCCCUCUCUACUUUUUCUUCCAUUAAAUUCAACAGACUGUGACGACAAAUUGAUAAA